AUAAAAUUCUGUUGGUGGGGUGUUUUCUGCCUCCUACCACCUCUUUGACCUUUAAUGAUGGCCUCAUAGUUUGGUCUGCAAAGUGACCAAACGAGGUAAAAAAUAACAGUCGAUCUUGGGGAUAUUACUUUCCCUGGGCAACUCUGUCUGGUUGCAGAGAGAGUGGCCGGAAAAAAAUGGGGAUGGUUUGUGAAGAAGCUAUUGAUAAAAUUCAGGAGCUCAUAGAUCAAGUUGAAGAGGAGCCACUGAAGAAAACAUUUGAGAGAGUCCAUCAGGGAUACCUGAGGGAGAACUUGAGUCGUUUUCUGAAAGCACGUGACUGGAACGUGAACCAAGCUCAUAAAAUGCUGGUAGAGUGUUUGCGUUGGAGGGUGGAUAAUGAAAUUGACAGUAUCUUAUCAAAACCAAUUGUUCCUAGUGAGUUGUACAGAGACGUACGUGAUUCUCAACUCAUAGGAAUGUCUGGUUACACAAGAGAGGGCUUGCCUGUCUUUGCUAUUGGCGUUGGCCUCAGCACAUUCGACAAAGCUUCGGUUCACUACUAUGUCCAAUCCCACAUCCAAAUCAAUGAAUACAGAGACCGUGUACUGCUGCCUUCUAUGUCCAAGAAGAAUGGGCGGCCAAUAACCACCUGCGUUAAGGUUCUUGACAUGACAGGGCUGAAACUUUCAGCACUGAGCCAAAUUAAGUUAGUGACUAUUAUAUCAACCAUCGAUGAUCUAAACUAUCCAGAGAAGACAAACACUUACUAUGUUGUGAACGCUCCAUAUAUAUUCUCCGCCUGCUGGAAGGUUGUUAAACCUCUUUUACAUGAGAGGACGACUAAAAAAGUUCAUGUGUUAUCCGGUUCUGGAAAGGAUGAGUUAUUGAAGAUUAUGGACUACACAUCCCUCCCACAUUUCUGUAGAAGAGGAAGCUCUGGCUCAUCUCACCACACUCAGAGUGCAGACUGUUUUUCUGUUGAUCAUCCCUUCCAUCAACAGCUAUACAACUAUGUGAAGCACCACUAUGAGACCCAGGGACAAGCUGAACCUGCAAAGCAAGGAUCGUUCCACGUGGGUUUUCCUGAGCCUGGAGCUGAACGUGUUCAGAUAGUCAAAACCAUUGAAUCUGAACUGCACAAGUCCGAGCACUGCAAUGGUCUGGGGAAUCCCGUUGAUGCCAGAAAAGCAAGUCCAUGAAAGAAUUUGGAAGAUGAUGAACCCAGAAUGCUUCUGAAGGUGUUCCCUUUCAGUGCCUUCAAAUGGGCAAAGUACAACUGAGUACUGAGCACUGAGGUCAUCUCCAUAGCCCAUGCAAAUGUAAAGUGAAGCAAAGAGAAUAAAAUCUUGAACUGUAUGUACUCUUGGAUUCAUGUAUAGUAGCAAAUUUAAAACAAAGUCUGAAGAAGUGUACCUCCCAA